AUGUCGCCUCCCUUCACCCAACGACAGAUGACCAUUGUUGCCGUGGUUUCCUUCCAGUCGUUCUUCUGGGGCUAUUCUCUAGCUUUCAGUGACACUGCCAGCCCCUAUAUCGGCGACCUCAGAUACUUUGCCUUGCGAAAUCUUAUGUUCGCUGCUAUCAUUUCCAGUCCCAUGAUCGCCAUCAGUGCCGUUGCGGAAUGCAGCCGCUUGGGUCCUCUCCUUGCAUUCAUUUCCAAGGAGGUCGACCGGUACAGCACUAAACGGACUCCAUCUUGGACCAAUAGGAGAAUGUAUGCGACUCAUACUGAUUCCCUCGACACACCUGAGAAGUCUAAUACCACUAACUUCUCGUACACAUCAAUACCAUCAUACGUCACAUCAGACAAUAAACCUGUUGUCUGCCGUCUACUCCUUCCACCACCUACCGCUACAUUGUCCCCCAAAACGUGUGCUUCUCCGAUGCUCCAAUUGCCCUCAGCAUACAUACCUACGCCUGAUCCGCAUGCUACACUUAAACGGUACACUGGCCGAAUGCUUGAUCGCAUCAUUGGCUAUAUGUGGUGGCUUCUCACAGUGGCAGGAGCCAGGUCGACCAUUGUAAGGAUUUUCUCCAUGGUGGAUUAACAUGACACCCUGCGACUCUAGCACUCUGUAUGCGCAGCUGCAUUGAUUAAUUAAGGCUGCUUAAUAUAUUGUUGGGUUUUCAU